GCCGGCCUCUCUCUCUCUCUCUCUCUCUCUCUACUAUUAUAUAUUCUGCCCUUUGAAAACCUCCUCAGUAAGUCACUCCUCAAAGCAAAGCCAUCUCAGAAGACAUGGCUAAACGUCUCAAGCUUAGGUUCCCUCGUUUAAUUGCCUCCUUCCAAUCCCUACAAAUUUGUCGUUCCAGAGACCCUUCUACUCUCCCAGAAAUUCCAUCGCCGGCGAUUUAUCGGGUGUCUACAGUCAACCAAAGAGCAUUGGACACCGUGUACCCUCCCAAGGUACUGGCGCCACCUUCAACACCAGAACAGUACCCUCUUCAUAAACGCCGGGUUUCGGCGAAGCUCAUAUCCGUCGGCUGCAGCCCCCGAUCAUCACCAGUCCACACGUGGAAGAACGAAGCUCAAAAGUCCGCCGCAGUGGCGGGAAGGAAUGAGUCCAAAACUCGUCGCAAGAAUCACAUCCCGGACAUCAAACCGGCGGUUUCGAAAACCGAAAGGGAGAAGAACAAAGGGAAUGUACGUACGAGCAUUCCUCUCGGAGACUGUAGCUGGUGUAGCGAUGUAGACGAAGAGAGCGAAGCCCUGCUUUCUUUCUCAAGGAGCUUCUCGAAGGAUAUGUCUCUAGAAUUCCUUUGCUCGGAGGAGAAGGCGAGGGAGGAAUCCAAGAAGAAUUCGGAGAUGGAGAACGUAAAGAAGGCACGGAGGCUGAGACGAUACUCUCUGAAAACCGAAUCAACAACGGUGGGAUCAAACGCGUCGGUGUUGAGGAGGAUGGUAACGUGCACGGCGAACGGGAAGGUGAGGGAGAGCUUCGCGGUGGUGAAGAGGACGGAAGAGCCGUACGAGGAAUUCAAGAGGUCGAUGAUGGAGAUGAUAUUGGAGAAGCAGAUAUUGGAGGCGGAGGAAUUGCAGGAGCUGUUGCAGUGUUUUUUGUCUCUGAAUUCGAGGCUUUAUCACGGAGUAAUCGUGGAGGCAUUCUCCGACAUUUGGGAGGUCUUGUUCUGCGACUCUCCUUGGGGCCACCGAGCCUCCGUCGGAUUUUGAUUUUUCUCAAGGGAGACAGACAA